GAUGCUGGGCCCCCGCGGCGUGACGCGAGCACGGCAGCUCCGCCCCCUGCGUCUCUGGCCUCGCCGGCCUUGGGGGGAUGGUUCCAUCAUGGCGUCAAUGCAGAAACGACUACAGAAAGAACUGUUGGCUUUGCAAAAUGACCCACCUCCUGGAAUGACUUUAAAUGAAAAAAGUGUUCAAAAUUCAAUUACACAGUGGAUUGUAGACAUGGAAGGUGCACCAGGUACCUUAUAUGAAGGGGAAAAAUUUCAACUUCUAUUUAAGUUUAGUAGUCGAUAUCCUUUUGACUCUCCUCAGGUCAUGUUUACUGGUGAAAAUAUUCCUGUUCAUCCUCAUGUUUAUAGCAAUGGUCAUAUCUGUUUAUCCAUUCUAACAGAAGACUGGUCCCCAGCGCUCUCAGUCCAGUCAGUUUGUCUUAGCAUUAUUAGCAUGCUUUCCAGCUGCAAAGAAAAGAGACGACCACCAGAUAAUUCUUUUUAUGUUCGAACAUGUAACAAGAAUCCAAAGAAAACAAAAUGGUGGUAUCAUGAUGAUACUUGUUGAUGCCACUGUUCUCAUCCUCCUAGCAGAAGAUAGUCCUACUGAGAAAAUGAGCACUUUGAUCAUUCAGUCUUUGAACUUUAACCUUUGACUGGAAGUGACCUAUAGGCAAUGAAGACUGCUUCCUUUGACUGCAUUUUUACUUGUGUGCAUUCGGGGCGCAUGUUGAUCGCUGGUUGAGUCCAGGCAACUGACAUGCUUUGAUUAGUCAUACAGUAUUAAUGCAGGUGUCAGGAAAUGUCAAAUAUAAUUCCAUUUUUUAUUUUUAUUUUUUUAAGCUUUUGAAAAGUUCCAGGUCCUCAUGUAUUGUGCAAUAACAAUGACUUCCUUGGCGGUUUUGCGACGUUCAUUGCCGGCAAUGGACGUUGUAACAGGAAAAAAUUUCAUUAACUUCUGCCACUCAAUGAUUAAUGCGUGAUAGGGCCUAUGACAUGAACUUAAUGGUUAGAGUGGGAUUAUAAAUAAAGUGAGGGAUCCAACAUUACUCUGAAAGUCACCCCAACUGCUCAUAUUUGGAUUCUAUGCACUGUGAACCUAAGGUUAACAGCAUGAAUUAACAUGCGUCUUUAAAGGACUGUAAUGAAAGAUCAUUGCGUAUUUAUUGAAUUGUUUAUAUCUGCUGUCAGAUUGUUUUGACAUGGACAGUUUUCAAGUAACAUUGGCAGAGAGGUACAAUAAGUUAUCCCUAUGGUGAAAAUAAAUUCAUUUGUUGUACAUAGUUCCUCAGUCUCUGAAGUAAAGGUAUGAGUAAUAUAGGGUAUAAAUGGUUUAAUCAAGGCUUUAUUUUGGAAGUAAGAAAAAUGGCAGUGAUGAUUAAGCUGCUACAGUCCAUAAUUUGGGCUUGUUGUUUGUACAUUAUCAAUUUUUUCCAAAUAGAUGACACUCUGUUACUUCCUGCUAGCCAUCAGCAUGAGCCCUACUGCCUAAACACUAUUUCAUUUAUUUAUGUUUGGAAAAUCCAUAAACAUUUUUGUUUGCAAUUUUGUUUCUUUUGUUAUGUUUGAAGUCAAGUUUGAAUGUUAUGAUAUUUUUAAUUGAAAAACUUUUGUCAAGUUUUUUCUUGUAAAUUUUCUUUACUUGUAAGUAUCAUCUUGUCCUUCUAUUCUGUACCCUAAAAUAAGAAAUACAUUUUUGACAGAGGCUUAAUGUUUUAACAAAAGAGUGUGGACAUUUUUAUUUUAAAAUUUAGGCAAAAGUACAUUAUAGAACAGUAUGUUUGCUUAUUUGUCUCACACAACCAUACAGGUUUUUUUUCUUAGAGGGAUUUGUUUGUUUUGUUCUGUUUUGUUGUUAUUUAAGACUUCACUUACAGGUAGACAACAUUUUUCUAUAGAAAAAAAAUUGAAAGGUCCAACUCUCAGUACCGUGUAAGUUGAUACUGCAACUAGGUUCUCUUUUUAAAAAGCAAUUAAUGUAUUUUAUAAAUUACCUUUUCGCAUAUGCAAAAUCUGUUUCUACUACAAUGUUAUUUUUACUAAUGCCUGUUGUUGCACUCGAUGACAUAUCCUACAGUGAAUAUAUGAAUCAAUUUGGGCUUAAAAAUGAAAGCCAGUUGGCUGAAAGGUUUGAAAUAUGUACCCCAGCAAAACCAUCCAAUCAAUAAUUGGCAGAGAAUAUUUUAAAAAUUGUUUUUAAUCUCUGUAUAGAUGACAUUUUGUAGCUUUGUACAUGUUGUUAAUUAAGGGCAUAUAAUUUUACACUCUAAAAGUAUAAUUGUUGAACUCAGGGGUGGGUAGACUUCAAAAAUACGUCUGCUGUAGAAAUUAACUUGAAAAAUUUUUAAACUAUGGCCAGCCACCAAAUUGUGGACACUGUUUAUACUGCUAGUUAUUAAUAGCAACUACCACUGUUCAAAAUUAAAAACAUUUUCGUUCUGUCUUGCCUAGAUGUACGUAAGUUCUCUCAGCAGUCUGUUAUCAGUCAUAUUAGUUGGCCAGUUUAGCUAAGACAAAAAAAUGUUUUUUGGAAUGCUUUGAAUUGCUCUUAGUUUUUAACUGCUUUUUAAUAUGAAAAUUGCAGCUGUAAAUGAUGUAUUUUUCAUAUUUUACAUAACUGCUCUAAACUACUGAUUCACUUGGUCAUUUUCCCGGGUGGGGGUGGGGGAAAUCUCUCUCCAUACUGCUGGUCCUCUUACUAAGAUCCUUUUAUAAGGAAAUGACCUGUGACAUUUAUUCACCAAAGGAAUUAAUAUACCAGGUCAAAGGAUAACAUUGCUAUCAUAUAGAUUAAUAGGUCAUAUAUAGUCUCAAUUGAAUUUUUUAAUAUAAUAAUAUUUUAACAUACCUCUCUCUCUACAUAGAGAUACCAUAAAAUAAAUUAAGAUGACAAAAAGGAAAGUAGAGGAGAACCAAAUAACUCUGGUACAUUUUAUGGUUUAAGGGAAAGAAGACAGGACGAAAUAUUCUAAAACAUAGAUGUACCAACCAUUCAGAAUUUGCAGUCUGAUAACACCCGUGUUACUUCCUUGAACUUUAGGAAUCACUGAAAACUCAUGUGCACUUAGAUUUAGUUAAUUUUAAAUAUGUUACCUUAUUAAAAGACGUAAAGAUGUUUACCUAAGUCAAUUACCAACUUUGUAAUAAUGAAAAGAAUAUUUCUCUGUAAUAUGUUGUUGAAUAACAACCAGAAUACCAAGCAAGUGUGUACAUAGGAACAUGCUACUUCCCUCUUGCCCGCAUUCCCUCCGUGAGGCACUGUCUGCAGAAUUAGACCUUCAGAUUUAGACAGCAUGAACUCUCUUCCUUUUUAUUUAUUUAUUUAUUUAUUUUAAGGCCAUUCUUCUGGUUUGCCAAAUUCUGUUAGGGCAGUAAUACAUUCAGUUCCUUAUUUUGCAUGCUUAGAUCACAAACUUGGUGCCCUUUCAAAAAAAAAAAAUGUCAAGUAGGUAAUUAAUGCCAUAGAUUUUAAAGAGAGAAAUGGUUUUCAGUUUUUUAAGAUAAAUUUUUAAAAACAAAUUUUAUGGCAGUUCUCUUAAGGAGUUUAAUAUUCAUCUCUAAAGAACUUACUUGUACAAAUUCCUCCUUUUUAGCCAGCAGGGAAAUAAGACUUUUUUUUUUUAAUCCCUGGAAGAAAAUGCUAAAAAUUGCUUUUAUAUACAGUUCAUCUGGAGAAAGAUCUUGAUCUUUAUUGUUUUGACUAGGUAUAUAAAUAUUUGGUACAAAGUAAUGAGAAUAGUUAGCCACUUUUUUCCCUUUUGAAAUUUUAACUGUAUGCAAAAACAUAUAUCAUUAGAUUCCUGUGGUGGAUAAUAAUUUCUUCAGAUUCUAAAACAGGUAUCUAGUGACUGCUUAAUUGUUCCCAGGUUGCAUCAAAGAUAAAUUGAAGUGAUUAAUGAUAUGAAAAUGGUAUGUAACCACAUAUUACUUGUUUCUGAUAAUCAAGUCUUAUUUUUUUAAAAGCCUAUUGUUUUUGAGAAUUGAGACCUUUAACACUUGUUAAAGCUUCUUCCUAAAAAUAGAAGAGAAGAGGAUACUGUGUGUUUAAAAAAAGAAUUUUUUUUAAAUAAAGAAUUCGGUGUCACUA